UAUAAAAAAAAAUGCAAGUGCAAGAUGAUAACAUCCCUUCACGUGGUCAUUCUUAUAUCAUUGGUCCAACUUACUUGCCUUGACAAGUGACAUUAUAUGCCCUAAAUCAAGUAUAAAUAUCCUCUUCUAGGGUAUGAAUUUUUUAACUAAACUAGCAACAACAUGAAUAACAUGAAUAUGUUACUAAAACCCUAAUUUCUAGUUGUUGUUUUUUCAACUAUGUCAAGUGGUAGUAGAGACCCUCUUGUUCUUGGAGCUGUAAUUGGUGAUGUAUUGGAUCUCUUUCAAGCUUCUAUUCCUUUAACAGUUUCUUACAAUAAUAAAAAUAUUACUAAUGGCUGUGAAUUCAAACCUUCUCAAGUUAUCAAUCAACCAAGGGUUAUUGUUGGGGGUGAUGAUCUUAGAAACUUCUAUACUCUGAUCAUGGUGGAUCCAGAUGCACCUAGCCCUAGUAACCCAAAUUUGAGGGAGUAUCUUCAUUGGUUGGUGACUGAUAUUCCUGCAACUACUGGGCCUACUUUUGGGCAUGAAGUAGUACCUUAUGAGAGUCCACGACCGUUGAUGGGGAUUCAUCGAAUCGUGUUUGCGGUUUUUCGUCAACUCGGUAGAGAGACGGUGUAUGCUCCGGGAUGGCGACAAAAUUUCAACACAAAAGAAUUUGCAGAACUUUACAACUUGGGAUUGCCAGCUGCUGCUGUUUAUUUUAACAUUCAAAGAGAAGCUGGCUCUGGUGGAAGAAGAUGGAAAUAUGAAACAACAGAAAAUAUUGUUGCUACUUCUGAAUCCUCCAAGAACUCAAAACGCUCUGCUCAGACUUCAAUUUCAAAUUCUUCGACGAGCUCGAAACGGUUGGCUGCGAGAUUGCGCUCUCGGACCGACAGGCAGGGCAAUGACAGAUCUAGCUGGAGAUGGAGAUGGAGCCAAUUGUUGUGUUGCUUUCAUAUUAUUCCCUAGAUCGAAAUGUUAGAACCAUAGAGUAAAUGAUACGGGCCCUGUUUGUGAGAACCCACAACAGCAAGAUAAUAGGCCCAAUAGUGAGAGGGAGACCAAAGUAGAAAGCCCAAAGCUUGGAAAAAGGUUGACCAAAAAGCCAGCUUGGAUGGAAGACUUUGUUUGUUAGAGGAGAGUCCUUGGUGAAAGGCAUUAGUGGUUUAAUUGUGUUGCAAUUCUGUUUUUUUACCCUUCCGUAUUUUUCGCAAGUGGUUAUGAUGUAAUAGCUAUAUAACUUUGUGUACUGAAACAGAAUGGUGUGUGGAAUGAAUAGAAACUUCUUCUCUCUC